UUCGCUCGGAAGUGCGGCUCCGUGGCACCUCCCCGCGUGGAAACGCUUCCGCUCCCACCGGCGGCGAAGCUGCGAACGGCCCCGGCAGCACCGCCGAGAUGUUCGCCCUCUGCCCCCCCGACGCCCCGUUCCCGGGGGGCCCCGCAUUGGGCACAGCUUUUUCAGGGUCCCUGCAACGCAACCCCGACUCCAACUGCAACUUCGCGGGGGACGAUGAGUGCGACAGCAACCAGAACUGGAGCCGGGCUGGCGGGGGGGGUGAAAACACUGCAAAUCCCUCCGAUAAUCUGCUGCUGUUAGCACAGAGACAGAUGGCUCAAGGCGGGAUGGGGGACGUCGCUUCGAGCGCGGCGUGCGACCCCCAGCAGGGCGAGCGCAGCCCCCCCGAGGGAGCGGAGGUCGGGGAGGGGGAGGCGGGCGGAUCCCCGGCGGAGGAUAUCGGCUACACCAGCAGCUCGCUCAGCAUCGACAGCCCCGACAGCGCCUGCGGCGGCGCCUGGGAUCCCCCCGGGGACCCGCCGGAGGUGCCCGAGCCCCCCCCGGAGCCCCUUUUCCCGGCGCUGGUGGAGGCGGUGCAGCAGCUGCAGGAGAAGGAGCGCUUCAAGGAGCGGGAGAAGGAGAAGCACCACGUGCAGCUGGUGAUGUACCGCCGCCUGGCCUUGCUGCGUUGGAUCCACGGCCUGCAGCAGAAGGUGCUGGAGCAGCAGGACCGCCUGCAGGAGAGCUUUGACACCAUCCUGGACAACCGCAAGGAGCUGAUCCGCUGCAUGCAGCACGGAGCGCCGUGCCCCGCUGCUGCCCCCAGCCCCUGAGCUGCGCUCCUUCCUGUCAGCGUUCUGCGCUCGGAGUCCCGUUCUGCUUCCCCCCAGCUCUCCACCCCCAUCGGGGCUGAGCCCUGACUGUGAUGGUGAUGUUGGUGCACGGGCUCUGUGGCAGCCCCACGCGGUGCUCACCCAUCCCAAUAACCACAGAGCUUUAAUGCCUUCCUCCUCCUCCUCGCCCUCGCUGCUCCCACACCCGAUGUGUGCAGCAUCGCCCUGCAGUGACCUGCAGCUCCCAGCGCCGUCCUGCUGCACACUGUGGCACGGUGCCCUGGGUCGUCCCCAGCGCUGGGCCCAGCUGUGGCACAGCCCAUAGGAGCUGCGCUCAUGCACUAAGUCCAGUGAGAGAGAAUCACUCUGAAAAGUGACCUCAGAAUGCUCAGAAAUGCACAUAAACAUCACCAGCCCCAAACCCAGCACGCUUAUUUCACAGUUCAGUGUUAGAAGAGAGUUGAUUUAGAUUUAUUUCUAUGUUUUAUCGACCAGGUCGUGUAGAUGCACAUCUGCAUGCUGGGGGAGCUGCGUUAGAACCAUGCAUGGCCGCAGAGCUGCUUGCAAAGCUGUGCACUUUGCAUCAUUUUGUUGUCUUAAAGCAAAGAGACUGGUUGUUGUUUUUUUUUUCCCCUAAUGUCUGUUUUAUCCAGUGGGGGCUGCGUGGGAAGUGUGAAGGACGGCCCUUCUUAAAUAGAGAUUCAAAAGGAGACGCUG